CGUUUGGUGCAGCUUCCCCGCCGCAAACGGGCGACGCGCGGCGGCGUCAUCCGGCCUGUUAAACUCCACAAAACACCAUCGGUUUCUCGUAGUUUGACAUGGACGGUAGCGAGGACGAGGUGGAGGAGGAGGAUGAGACCGAGUGGAGGAGCAGUUUCCUGGACUCGGCGCCACUCAGCCACGCCGCUGCUCCUGGUCCAAGCCUCGAUAAGACAUCAGGACCAACGCCUGCACACAGAGUCAUUCUGCAUUUCGACCUGGACUGCUUCUACGCUCAGGUGGAGAUGAUCAGAAACCCGGCGCUCAGAGAAGUCCCCCUGGGUAUUCAGCAGAAAUACAUCAUAGUCACCUGUAACUAUGUGGCAAGAGAGCAGGGGCUCACCAAACUGAUGUCUGUGACUGAUGCUAAGGAGAAAUGUCCUCAGCUGGUGCUGCUGAAAGGAGAAGACCUGACACACUACAGAGAAAUGUCCUAUAAAGUGACAGAGCUGCUGAUGUCCUACUGUCCACUGGUAGAGAGGCUUGGAUUUGACGAGAACUUCGUGGACAUCACAGACAUGGUGGAAAGGAGGCUAGCACAGACAUCAGAGCCCAACGACUUUUCAUUCAAAGGACAUGUCUACAACCAUGUCGGUGCAGAUGUUAAAGCUGGUGACCACCCACAGCUGGCUUUAGGUUCACACAUUGCAGCAGAGCUGAGAGAAGCCAUCCACAGCAAACUGGGCCUGACUAGCUGUGCCGGCAUCGCCACAAACAAGCUACUGGCCAAACUGGUGUCCGGCACCUUCAAACCCAAUCAGCAAACCGCCCUGCUGCAGGAGAACCAAAGCGACAUCAUGGGCGCCCUGAGCGGUCUCCGCAAAGUACCGGGGGUUGGUCACCAAACUGCUAAGAGACUUCGAGCCCUGGGAUUGGUCAGCAUCCAAGACCUGCAGCUCUUCCCACUGAACGACUUGGUGAGAGAGUUUGGAGGUCCCAGUGCUCGGCGCUUGAAGAAUCUGGCCGUCGGCGUGGAUGACUCGCCCGUCAUCCCUACCGGGGCCCCCCAGUCUCUCAGUGAUGAAGACUCCUUCAAAAAAAUGUCGUCAACUAAAGAUGUUCUGGAAAAGAUUCAGCAGCUCUCGAGCAGCCUGGUGGAAAGGAUGAACAAAGAUGGCAGGCAGCCUCACACCUUCCGGCUCACCAUCCGUAGAUACUCAGCGACCAACAGGUGGUUCAGUCGCGAGAGCCGGCAGUGUCCGAUCCCCAGCCACAUAGGACAGAAGAUCGCCUCCGGCAGCGGCGAUGAUGCUGUAGUCCAGCUGGUCCCGUUGGCCAUGAAGCUCUUCCACAAGAUGGUGGACGGCAACGCCGCCUUCCACCUCACCCUCAUCAACGUUUGCUUCAGCAACCUGCAGACCAGGGGAGCUCCCGCCUGCGGAAAGGGCGCCAUAACAUCUUUCUUCACGCAGAGCACGUCCCCCAGAAAAACCCAGAUCUGCUCAUCACAAAGCCAGAAUGAUUCCUCUCAGAGUGGGGAUAGUCACUGCAUGGAUCGUCAGCUCAGCACGCACAGCAUGAUUACUCAACGUGCCUCACAAAAGACAGUAACCACAAAAAGCCCUUGUAGCUCUGGAUUCAAAUGGGAACAAAGCUCCACUGUUGCCGUAGAGGACCCUCCGCUUCAGACAGAGUACUGCAGCACAGCGAGGUCAGGCCCUAAAGAGUCAAACAACGCUGUGACACGUCGAUUGCCCCCAAACGUUGACCCAGAGGUUUUCAAGCUUCUCCCCGAGGAAAUCCAGAAGGAACUGUUAUCUCCUGCCUACGCGAACUCCCUUCCCAGCCCUUCUACCAGCCCGUCAGCACCAGUUGCAGUCCCUGAUGCCACCCACAUAAGGAAAAACAAGUCACCAGAGUCAUUUACAGACUCAAAAAAUAUCGAAGACAAAGCCGAGGCCAUAAACGAAUUAGAUCCAGCUCACAGAGUGACCACCGUGAAUCACCAGAGGCCUCCGAGGAAAAGUGCAUUUCCAGGAGAGAACGUCACAGCAGAAGGGAGGCUGUUAUUCCGCCAGUCUUCUGACUGCGAGUUCCCAGGAAAUGUGGACCCUGAGGUGUUUUCUGAGCUCCCACCCGAAGUUCAGAGGGAGCUGAUGUCUGAAUGGAAGCAACAGAAGCCGGUCCUGAAGGCCCCCUCAUCCAGGAAACCGGGGAGAAGCCCGAUGACCAAAGACAGAAAGGCUGCAGGAAAAGGCAGCCAGGCAAACAGUCUGCUGAAGUAUUUCAAACCCAGUUAGAGAGGGACACUGACAGUUACCUCUGUUCAAGAUAAUGUAUGACAGGACAUGUUAUUUCUCUGUAAGAAAAUCUUUAAUUUCCUACUCUUGAGUUUUUCUCAUGUAAUAUUAUACAGUAUACAGGGAGUGAACAAAAGAAAAGAAACCUUUAACAGUAAUCUAGAACAGCCCUACAACACGUCAAAAUUUGGUGAGGUGUUUGGUGACGCUUACUGUAAAUCAAAAUGAAGAGGACAACUACACAAAUAUGGGGGACCACAGGUGUCCUCAAAGAGUGUAUGGCGUAUACAGCAAAAUAAUCUGCAGUAACACUGGGAUAAAAGCACAAUUACGGUAAAAAUAAUAAACCGCACUGGGAAAAAGUGGAGGAAACCUGGUUAUAAUUAGAACCACACCAUCAUUAACUGCCACAAUUAAUUAACAUAUUAACAAUUAAGUUAGUUGAUGGGAUAUAUAAGAAACCACAGCCUCAAAAAUUACCCUUAACUUUGCUGAGAGACCACCUACAAGCUUUUUUUUUUUUUUCUGGAGCUUUCAGCAGCAUCUCAGCACUGGUUGAAUGCUUUAGAAGAUGCUAGUAAGUGGACCUUGAGUUACAGCUUGAGCUUGACCAGGUUGGUAUUUAUUUCAGGUGUUUCUGUUUAUCUCAUCCACCCCUGUAUGUCAGUGUUAAUAUG